AUGUCAUGCCUGCUAGGGGUGUUGGCGCUGGCUGUUGUCGGUGUCGAGCCUCUGGCUUGGCCUACGACUGCAUUCCUGCCGUCGCAAGUGACCGCCACAAGAACAACUCGCGAGUUGCUUGUCAUUGAUGAACCACAUCGACUGGCUGGGUACCAUGGCUUUGUCCGAGAUACUCGCAACAGUCAACUGCCCCUGCCCCAUGGCGGCGUGGUAGUGCGUAGCUGGCAGCAGCCCGAGUAUGUGACGGCGCCCAUCAUCACCGAUGGGUGCAUUGCCACGGACCGCGGGCUCACAUACAAUGCAUCUGUGCUGGUGGCCAAUACGAGGUGGCACCGGCGCGAUGCUGCCCCCUUGUCUCAGGUCGCGCUGCAGUUUCACGAACACGAAUGCACGCUCUUCAACUUUGCCAUCGUCUGGGGCGAAGAGUUUCAGCACUUUAUGCUGGAGGUGCUACCUCGCAUCGCCAGCGUUUGGUCGCUCAUUCAGGACACGCCUCGCGCGUGCCUGGUUCUAAACAGCGGGCCCGGCGCUCGCAUUCUGCACGAAUUGCUAGGUGUGCCAGCCGAGCGCAUCGUCGUUGCACAUGCCAAUAGCGUACAUUGUGGCGCCCAAAUCGUUUUCCCGGACUUUGAACAGCAGCGCAAGAUUGGCUUGCUACCGCCCGAGGCCUAUCGUCCCAUACAACCCCUCAUCAGUGCCUGGCUGGACUCUCACCGGUCCACGAGCGCCAACAUGACCGAACCCCACCAGGUGCCCCAUCUCUUGCUGUACCUGCGGCGGGCUGCAGGCACUGACCGAGCCGUGCAGGUUGAGCAGGAGCAGGCGCUGUUGGCACAAAUUGAGGCUCGAAUGCGGCCCGGAUAUCAACUCGAGGUGUGGGAACCAGAGGGGCCGCAUGGUUGGCACGUUGAUGGACCCCUUUUCGGCCAAGCGGCGUUGGUGUUCGGCCCCCACGGUGGGGCCUUUGCCAACCUGCCCUUUGCUCCACGAGCAACCCGAGUGUUGGAGUUUAUCGCUGCGCGACACUCCGAGCCCCAACUCCCUCCGGCCGUGCCCAAGCUGGACAUUCGCCCAUGCUACUGGUCCAUGGCUACGGCUCUGGGCCAGGAGUACUGGCAGAGCGAGCCGUUGAAAUUUGAUUUCUCCCAGCCUGACAUGCUUGUGAACGUGACCGACAUUUUGAACAGCAUGGAGCUAAUGGGCUUUCUUGCUUGA